AUGGACCCAAUGCCCAAGAGAAAUUCAGUUUCUUGGGCUACGAUGAUAUCUGGGUAUGCUAUGCAUCGGUUUGCUGGUUAUGCUUUGGAGGUUUUUAGGAUGAUGACGUGGGAGGAAAAGGAAGAUGUGAAUGAGUUUGUGAUAACUAGUGUUCUUAGUGCUUUUAUCUUGCCAGAAUUUAUUGAUAUUGGUAAGCAAAUUCAUUGUCUUGCUGUGAAAAAUGGGUUCUUAUCAGUUGGAAAUGUUGGCGUUACCUUGUAUGCAAAGUGUGGAAGCUUAGAUAACGCGCUGCAAAUGUUUGAGCUUUCGAGUGAGAAAAACUCUAUUACGUGGUCUGCAAUGAUCACUGGGUAUGCACAAAGUGGCGAUGGUGAGAAGGCAUUGAAAAUGUUCUCGGAUAUGCAUUUUUCUAGGAUGAGGCCUAGUGAAUUCACUCUUGUUGGGGUGCUCAAUGCUUUUAGUGAUGUUGGUGUUACUGUAGAAGGAAAGCAGUAG